AAAAUCUCUUUUGAAGCUGAAUAUUGGGGCAUAUUUUUGCUCAGAAAGAACUAACAAAUAUUCAAAAUAUUUUAUUUCAUUUAAAUUUGGAAAUGUGAACAUUUGAUUGCUUGAAUUAUCACUGGAAAACAUUCUCGUUUCAGAGCUGCCUUCAUAUUUUGAACCUAGGAUUUAUAAACAAGACAGCUCUCUUCUCACAUUUAAGUACACUGGCUUUUAUGCAAAGAAUUCCAGUUUAUAUAUCAUUUCCUUCAGCAUUGUAGAUAUCUGAAAAUAACUGAAGACGUGGAAAUUGCAGUAAAACUACUCCUGUUACCUGUGAUGCUUGAGAUUGGAACACAGUGAUAUUCGAUACUGGAGUCAUGAGUGGAUGUCCAUUUUGGAAGAACAAGUACCAAUUUAACUUUAAUAAACUGUCUUUGGAAGAUGAGACAGAUGACAAAUCACAGGAAGGAUUAAACAAGGCUAGCAAAGGUGGUCUUAUCUAUGGAGAGUACCUACAUCUGGAUAAAAUAUUGAAUGCUCAGGAACUUCAGAGUGAAAAUAAGGGAAACAAAAUCCAUGAUGAACAUCUCUUUAUUGUGACUCACCAAGCUUAUGAAUUAUGGUUCAAGCAGAUCCUGUGGGAAUUGGAUUCUGUUCGAGUGCUAUUUCAGAAUGGUCAUGUGAGAGAUGAAAGGAACAUGCUGAAGGUGGUUACUCGAAUGCAGAGAAUUUCAAUAAUCCUUAAAUUGCUUGUGGAACAGUUUUCUAUCCUAGAAACAAUGACAGCAUUGGACUUUUUUGACUUCAGAGAUUAUCUGAGUCCAGCUUCAGGAUUUCAGAGUUUACAGUUUCGAUUAUUAGAAAAUAAGAUUGGUGUCCCUCAGAGUUUGAGAGUUCCAUAUAACAGAAGACACUACCGGGAUAACUUCAAGGGAAAGGAGUAUGAAUUAUUGCUUAAAUCAGAACAAGAGCCAACGCUACUACAACUAGUGGAAGCAUGGUUGGAAAGGACACCAGGACUUGAACCAGAAGGAUUUAAUUUCUGGGGAAAAUUUGAAGUAAAUGUACUUAAAGGACUAGAACAAGAAUCUGCAAUGGUACAGGCUAAAGAAGACUCAGAGGAGAAAGAAGAGCAACUGGCAGAACUUAAGAAACAAAAAGAAGUACUCAUAUCAUUGUUUGAUGAAAAACGCCAUGAACAUCUUCUUAGUAAAGGUGACAGAAGAUUGUCCUUUAAAGCAAUGAAAGGGGCUUUAAUGAUCUACUUCUACAGAGAGGAACCUCGCUUCCAGGUUCCUUUUCAGCUUCUCACUUCUCUUAUGGAUAUUGAUGUGCUAAUGACUAAAUGGAGAUAUAACCAUGUGUGUAUGGUGCAUAGAAUGAUUGGCAGCAAGGCUGGGACUGGAGGGUCAUCAGGGUACCAGUAUCUACGCUCCACAGUGAGUGACAGAUAUAAAGUCUUUGUUGAUUUGUUCAAUCUUUCAACUUACUUGGUGCCAAGAAACUGGAUCCCAAAGCUGAAUCCAACACUUCAUAAAUUCCUUUAUACAGCAGAGUAUUGUGACAGCUCUUAUUUCAGCAGUGAUGAUUCAGAUUAAAAGCUCUCCUUGGACAAGCCUUAUAACCCCCAUGUUUUCCAUAUAUUCAGCUUCACCUUUGAUAAUGGUCAUGAUGGCAGAAAAAUCUGGAAGUUGUGGUGUCAACACACCUAGAAGCACUGGAUUGGAAAAACUUAUAAUAUUGUGUAGACUAUUAAAUAAUUUAUGUAUAUGUUUAUUUAUGCAUAAUAUACCGUAGGUUUUAAUAUAUAACUAUUUCAGUUAAGUCAUUAGAAAUAAAAUAUAGAGAUGAGACAACCAGCUCAUACUUAUCUGUUUUAUUUGAUUUAGGCUGGCCAUUUCUGAUUACUGUGUUAGGCUUGCAAUAAAGAUACGAUUUUAGGUUUAUUACAUUUUUAAAUUAUGUCUUCAAAUUUCCUUGGAAAAGCUUACCCCUGAAAGCAGUACAAAAAUGUUGGGCUGGAGAAAGGAAGAAAAUUGCACUAUACAUUAAAAAAAAAACCUGGAAGAAAUCAGAGAUUUGUACAGGAUUGGCAACAAUAUGCCAGAGGGGAAUUGAAGGAAAAUGUUAUGAGCAUGUUGCAAAAUUAAAUUUUGAAUUAAUGUUUUUUUUAAAGAAACCUUGUGCCAAUUUUGUUAUAUAGAAGUUAAUUGUAUCAGGAGAAACAGAACAUUUGAAUAGAAAUGGGAUACUUAAGAAUUAUGUGGGAUAGGUCAAGAAUGAUAGGUCAAAAGGGAUAGAUCAAGAAUGAAUGGGCGCUGAGUGAAUGUGGACUGAAUACAAAAGUAAGUGACCAGUACAAAAAGUUGGGAUAGUAUGAUCACAGAGAGAGAAUGAAUGAAGACUGAAUUGCAAAACAAAUGGGUGAAGGAAGAAUGAUUUGGUCAAAAAAAAGAUGGAGGGUAUAGUUGAAGUUGGAGAAAAAUGGUUGGGUACAGUUGAUGAGAUCCUCAAAAACAGAGAAAUUUAAAUAACAAAAGGCAAUAGAUGAAGGAGUGUAUGGCUAUAAUCAAAGCAAAAUAAUUGCAAGAUAGAAAGGUAUAGGGAAAGGUUUCAUGUAAAUUAGAUUUAGUUGUGCAUCAUUUUUGUUUCUUGUGCCUUUACUUUCUUUGGAACAUAGUUUCUUACUUUUCUGCGUUACUUCAAAAGGAAAUAAUUUACUAGGUAAGCAUGUAUGUAUGCAAGUUAUAGGAGGCCUUAUCAAACUUUACUGAUGAUGAAAUAGACUUGCCUUGCUUUAGGAAGAGUCAGCUAACCCGCAAUUAUAAUAGAUUUCUAUCUAUUUCUUUCCCAAUUAUUACUGAAUCAAAAUAGGAAAUCAUAAUGGGUAGCAACUUUUUAAGUUAAGAUGCAAAUAAAGCAAGUUUCUUUUCUAUUUAUCUUUAUUGUUAAAAAUCAGAUGAUAUUGCAAUGAAUAUAUAGAAAGAUUUUUGUAUGACUUUUUGAGACAUUUAAUUAAAACUAAUUAUUAAGCUAUUAGAACUAUUUCAACUGUGAUCAACCAUUAAUAGCAAAGACUUCAAAACUCUAUAUAUGUGCAAAAGACUUCCACCCCCCGCCCUCCAUUAGCCAAGUUGGCAAUUCUAAUUAUUGUAGGGUUCUAUUCAGUUCAGAAUCAAAUUCAUCAACAGAGACGCAAAAACUACAUUGGAAUAUGCCUCUAAUCCCCAAAUGAUGUUCCAGUAGAAUAUAAAAAGUCACAAACCAGAGUGGAAAUAAAUCUCAGUAGCAGCAGAGUAUCAAAGAAAACAUAGUUUCUGAAAGAGUAUUUUUUGAAGUUGUUUCAUACAUUCUGCAGCAUAGGCAAUAUGCUAGCACAGUGCUUCUCAACCUUGGCAACUUUAAGAUGUAUGACUUCAA